AUUGCAUGUUAAAACACAGGUAUCCUCACAAACCAAUUUUUUCUUCUUCAUUUUGUUAUAUGUGCCUUUCCUCAUAAAUAAACAAUGUCAGGAGGAGAGGCACAGAAAGGAAGAAGAGUCGCCAUAAUUGGCGUAUCCUCCUUGUUAUUGGUGGCUAUGGUUGUUGCUGUCACUGUUGGUAACCAAAAUGGUAUGGAAGAUGAUAUAGAGAACAAUAGGAAAAAUCAUGUUGCUUCCACAGUGAGAGCAGUACAAACCAUUUGUCAUCCCGCCGAAUACAAGAAGGAAUGUGAGGAUGCCCUCACAUCAGAAGCGGAGGCCAACAAUGUCACCGACCCAAAAGAACUUAUUAAAAUAGCAUUCAAUGUUACCAUAAAAAAAAUUGGUGAAAAACUCGUAGAAACGGAUCUAAUGGAUGAGGUUGAGAAGGAUCCUAGAUCCAAGGAUGCACUUGAUACUUGCAAGCAACUUAUGGAUCUCUCCAUUGGUGAAUUCACAAAGUCACUAGAUGGAAUGGGCCAGUUUCAUCUUCAAGAUCUUGACAAAUUCCUCAUGAAUGUGAAGGUUUGGCUCAAUGGUGCAGUUACAUACAUGGAUACAUGUGUGGAUGGGUUCGAGAACACUACCACCGAUGCUGGUCAGAAGAUGAAGGAGUUAUUAACAUCAAGCAUGCACAUGAGUAGCAAUGCCCUUGCCAUCAUUUCCGAUUUUGCUGAUACUGUCUCUGAUUGGAAUGUCACCAAAUUUCUCGGACGUCGUCUCCUUCAUGAUUCCGAGACUCCUUCUUGGGUUGAUCAUCGCAGACUCCUUGAUGCAAAGACAAACUCAUUCAAACACAAGCCUGAUGUUACUGUAGCUUUAGAUGGUAGUGGUGAUGUUAAGAGCAUUAAUGAGGCAUUGACAAAGGUUCCCGAGAAGAGCAAAAAACCAUUUAUAAUCUACAUUAAGGCGGGUGUUUAUGCAGAGUAUGUUGAAGUUAACAAGCAUAUGACCAAUGUCGUGUUUGUUGGUGAGGGUGGUAAGAAGUCAGUAAUCACCGGCAACAAAAACUUUAUCGAUGGAAUUAACACCUACAGAACCGCCACUGUUGCUAUUCAAGGAGAUCACUUUACUGCCAUCAACAUGGGUUUUGAAAACUCUGCCGGUCCACACAAACAUCAAGCAGUGGCACUAAGGGUUCAAGGAGAUAAGUCCAUCUUCUUCAAUUGCUCAAUGGAUGGUUAUCAAGACACACUUUAUGUACACACCAUGCGUCAAUUCUACCGGGAUUGCACCAUUUCAGGUACCAUCGACUUCGUCUUUGGUAAUGCUUUAGCCGUUUUCCAAAACUGCAAAUUCGUGGUCCGUAAGCCUAUGUCAAACCAACAAUGCAUUGUGACCGCACAAGGAAGGAAAGAAAAAUUCCAACCAUCAGCAAUAAUCAUCCAAGGAGGCUCCAUUGUUUCCGACCCUGAGUUCUACCCGGUCAGGUUUGACAACAAGGCCUACUUAGCCCGUCCAUGGAAGAACUUCUCUAGGACUAUCAUUAUGGAUACCUUCAUCGAUGAUUUGAUUCAACCCGAUGGUUAUUUGCCAUGGCAAACAGAAUUUGGUUUCGCCGGCAUGGACACUUGCUUCUACGUUGAGUACCAUAACUAUGGCCCUGGUUCAGACAAAUCAAAGCGUGUGAAAUGGCCUGGAAUUUGGAACCUUAAUUCCAAGGCGGCACAUUGGUUUGCACCAUCCAAGUUCUUCCAUGGUGGUGACUGGAUCGAGGAAACCGGAAUUCCUUUCUUUUCCGGUAUUCCUGAACACAAAAAGCACAACAAGACAGUGCAUAAAUGGUGAUGUUGAAUAGAGGGUGCUUACUACUUACAAAGAGUAUUCGUAAUUAAUCUCUAAUUAUUAUUUUGGUGAUUCAUUAUUUCAUUUUGAUACCAUUCAUUAAUUCUUCUAAAGAGGAUGUACUUAUUUUUGCAAGAGAUUCAUAACUUUGCAUGUAAUGCAAGUUAAUGCUCUCUUUUUUUUUUUGUGGUUUUUUGUUUAGGAGUGGCUUCCCAUCUGUACUGUACAAAUUAAAAAAAGAAAUUAUUCAAAGUCCAUUUUGGAUUGAAAUAAAUUCAAAUAUAUUGGAUGAAAACCACUCUUAGAUUAAGUCAUACAAGAAAAUCUAUCAACCUCUAACAACAUAAAAUUAAGCUAACAAGGUUUAAAAAUAAUGUUUUCCAAUAACACAAGUUUUAGUUUUUGA